CCGCGGAAGGCACGCCAGAUCUCGGCGGCGCGAUUGAGUAGCCUGAGAGGGUCUCAGGGCGGUGGCCCUCGGGCUUAAGGGAUUCCCGCCUAACGGCGACGACUGUGCCCGCGGGGCCUGAGCGUGUGGAGGACGAGGCCGCGAGGCCACGCCCAGGAAUGCCUUUUGCUUUCCGUGCUCCAGCUGCUGCAGCUGCUGUGAACCUGUAGUUCCUGAAAUGGCCAUCUUCCUAGCCUGUGGAAAUACAAAGAGAAUGAAAGAAGUAGAUAAUCUUGAAAGUAUAAAAGAAGAAUGGGUUUGUGAAACAGGAUCUAACAAUCAGCCAUUUAAUGAUAAUCGACAAAGGAAUUGUGACUAUUUUGUUGACAAUCUUUUUGAGGAAGCUCAGAAGGUUGGAGCCAAAUGCUUAUCCCCUACUGAACAGAAGAAACAGGUAGAUGUAAAUAUAAAAUUGUGGAAAAAUGGAUUUACAGUCAAUGAUGAUUUCAGAAGUUAUUCUGAUGGUGCGAGUCAGCAAUUUCUAAACUCCAUCAAAAAGGGGGAGUUACCUUCAGAAUUACAGGGAAUUUUUGAUAAAGAGGAGGUGGAUGUUAAAGUUGAAGAUAAGAAAAAUGAAGUUUGUGUGCCCACAAAGUCUGCAUUCCAGCCGUUCUCAGGGCAGGGGCACAGACUGGGAAGUGCAACACCAAAAAUUGUUUCUAAAACAAAGACUAUUGAAGUUGAAAGUAAAAAUAAUCUGUCUACUGUUUCACUGAAUAACUUGGAGCCCAUCACUAAUAUACAGAUAUGGCUAGCCAAUGGGAAAAGGAUCAUCCAGAAAUUUAAUGUUUCUCAUAGGGUAAGUCAUAUCAAAGACUUCAUUGAGAAACACCACGGGGCUGAGAGCGCCUCGCCCUUCUCCCUGGCAACAGCGCUGCCCUUCCUCAGAUCGCUGGAUGAGACGCUUACUCUGGAAGAAGCAGAUUUGCGGAACUCCGUCAUCAUUCAGAGACUCAGAUGCACCGCCGAGCCUUUUCGAGAACAUUUGUAGUGCUGGUUCUGAGAGACUGGAAGCUGCACAAGUGUGGUGACUGGGAAUAGAUGGCAGAAGUAGGAGAAAGGAGAAGUCAGGUGUGCUGGACUUUCGUUCUAGUGAUAUUUAUUUUUUUUCCAAUGAGGAAAUUUUUAAUAAUUACAAGUUAGGAAAGUCACGGAUGACUGGAAGCUAUAUUUGUUACUUUUUUCCUAAAGGCUACUCAGAAAGAAAAAUAUACUUAUUUUCAAAAUACCAAUUAUUCAAUAUAAAA